AUGUAUGGCCUCAAACAGGCACUAAGACAAUGGAAUGCUAAGUUGUCUGAAGCAUUGGUGCACUUAGGCUUCAUGCAGAGUCAACAUGAUCACUCUCUAUUUUUAAAAGGAACAGGCAAAUACACUGUCAUCAUCUUGGUCUAUGUAGAUGAUAUGCUUCUAACUGGACCUGAUCUGACACUUAUAAAUGAAGUCAAAGCUCAACUACAACAGACUUUCAAAAUGAAAGACUUAGGUGAGUUGAAAUAUUUUCUUGGCAUUGAGUUUGCCAGGUCCCAUCAAGGUAUGCAUCAAAGGAAAUACACACUAGAGCUCAUCUCUGAGCUUGGACUGGGAGUUGCAAAGCCUGCAGCUACACCUAUUGAAGCUAAUGUUAAGCUCACUAAUAAGAAAUAUGAUGAAAAUAUUGGUGUUCUUGAAGGCACAACAGAUGAAAUCCUAACAGAUCCUAGCAAGUACCAGAGGUUACUAAAAAAACUACUCUACUUGACAAUCACACGACCAGAUAUAGCAUAUAGUGUUCAGACAUUGAGUCAGUUUAUGCAGAAGCCAAAGAGGUCUCAUAUGGAAGCUGCACAAAGAGUGGUCAGGUAUGUAAAAGGGCAUCCUGGACAAGGCAUACUGUUGUCUAGCAGGAAGAUGAACACUAUUACAACAUACUGUGAUGCUGACUGGGCUGCCUGUCCUCUCACAAGGAAAUCAGAUAUUAGAGUAGCUGUUGAACUCUCUGUGAACAUACUCACAGACAGCAAAACAACAAUUCAAAUAGCUGCUAAUCCA